UGUUAGCAUGUAUAUAGAAAUAUAUUUAUAGCCUAGAUGUAGUGAGAAAUGGAACAGAUGAUAUAAAGCAGCCCAGUCAUAUGUUUAAAUCACAUUUACCUUUUGGCUUCCAUUUUUUUCCAAGAAGGUAAAGAAAGGAAUAUACAAAAGGCUGAAAGGUUUUUUUUUUCUUUUUUUUCUGAAUGGAAGAGUACUCUUACAAUUAUUCAAUGUGUUUCUAAUAAGUAUACACAAAUUAAAGGAAACAGAACCGGAUUUUGGAUAAAGUCUAGAAUUUGCUUUAAAAUCAGAAAUUUGGACGUCCAAUGUGUUAAGUUAGAGAAAAAAAUACUAUUGUACUUCGCGGUACUAUUUCAGAGCUGCUAUAAUUAUUUUUUAAAGUUAAUUUUUAUUUGAUGAAUUUGGAUUGUAAAACAGGUGCAUGUCUUGGGUAAACUUUAAGCCUAAAAGUCAAAUGACUUCGUGAGUCGUUUGAUGAGGAAACGUGAGAUGGACUUCUAUUCAUGCAGUCAUGAUGGCCAUAAAUUAUACAUUGACAAUAAUUGUGAAACUGGAGAUUCUCCGAGACAGACAAAGAUCGUGACUUUAGAUUGCACCCAGAAGCACGAAGCGAUAGUUGACUGCAGCAAGAGCAGUUGGAAAAAGGAAAAACCGACAGUUCAAGAUCUUCAGAAAUUGAAUUACUCGUCUAAGUGUGUCACCUGCUGCCAGGAAAUCUGCUAUGUGUCACUGGGAAGUCCCGCUGAAAGCGCAAGGGAACCCCCGGAACAUGUUUACAUUAUAACCGCAAGCGUAGUGGGAUUCACCUUCCUAAUCCUGCUGAUUCUAUUGGCUGUUUAUAUUCGUCGCAGCCGGAAAACACCCGUUAGGAGGACAAGAGUGGUGGGCCCUCGUCGUUACGGCAACGUUCUGCCUCCAUUGCCCACCGGGCCACCCCCGCCACUACCACCUCCAAGAGUAAGCUCCUCUCUCAUCCGGGAAGACAUCUCAGACAAUGUUGUGGUACUUACUCCAAGCAUGGUAGGAUUACCAGAUACACCAGAGGGUCCUCAAAUUGUAUCUAUGAGAACAUCAUCUUUCAGUUCCAUAGAGAGUGAACAGUCUGUACAAAAAUAUCCAGACAGCGAAACGUUGGAUGCUAAAUUAAACCUUUCGGAUCAAAAAAGUCUAGGGACAAGAGAUUCCUUUACAAACUUACAAAACAUGGAUGCUAAAUCACAGAGACCAGGUUCUACCAGGAAAACAUCAUUCUCCUCUUUGCAGAGUGAGCUUAAAACGUCUCCUUUGUCUAGACGUGCCUCUCAGAAAGAAGAGUUAGAUGUUACAUUUCACAUUUCUGAGACAAUAUGUCCAGCGAGACACGAUUACUUCAGUAAAUUACAAGACAUCGACGACAAACGUCAAGGCCCGACUUGCACUAGAAAAGAGUCAUUUUGUUCCUUGAAAAGUGAAAGCACUCCACUGUGUCAAGGCGUUUCAAAACUACAAAACUCGAACGCUGCAGCAAACAUUGCCAAGAAUGUAAGUUCGAGUAAUUUCUCAGACAUCACACGAUUUACAACUAAUCGUCCGCUUUCUACCAGAAAAUCUUCUUUCAGUUACAUGGACACCGAUCCCGGGAGUACACCACAUCCUCACCGAGCCUUAGAAAAGAGAGAUUCUAUAACAAACGAGUCCGUAACUAAAUCUCCUAUAACAAGGGCACAUACUCAGCGUGCAAUGUCCUCUAGAAAAACAGUUAGCUCCCUUGACAGUGACGUUGAAAAGAAGGCGUCUCACAGAAGACGCUUCCGCAAAUCUAAAAACUUUUCUUGGCUAGAAGAGCACGAAGUCCGCGCAAUCCUGGAAGGUGCGGACACCAGGACCACGCCGCCUCCAUUGCCGCCACGGAGGCGUUCAACAAGGACUCAUUCUUGCGGCUCUGGCUCAGCCGUCAGUGAUUCGGAUUGCGAGUCCGGCAUUUUUCUCCUAGGGCUAGAACCGGCCUUUAACAUCUCAAGGCUGGUCCGUGACAUUGAGAACAUUCCCGUGAAACAAAGGAAGCGAACAACAUCCGCCUCAUCAGCACAGCCACACAGACAACGAAAAGAUCAACGGCCUUCAUCCAUGCUCUAAACACUAACCUACAGGAAACAUACGUGUAAAGCUUGCACUACGAAAACAUACAAAACUCAAUGAGCAAAAUCUCUGGAGAUCUUUCCUGGUUAUUUAUAAGGAACUGAGAGACUUGGGUGCUAUACAGAAAAUAAACUGGAACUUCUUGGGUUGUUUCUCCAAAUAAGUCUGAGCUUGAAAUUAUUCAAUGAGUUUCAAAAUACAUUUUAAAAAAGUGAAUAAAGCGGAAUUUAAAAAAAAAAAAGUAAACUUGGUCUUUAAACAGGAGUUUUGCUGUCUCAAACUCAAUGACAAGCACGCCCCACAGAUAACGAUGUUUCUUGUGAAAGUCGUUUAGAGAGUAUGAAGAGAUGCCUAUUGUUCUAUAGCCACGCUGGGCUGGACACAUAUCCCGUGUAUGUGUGACGUACACCAGAGGCAAUCUGAAAGGUGGUCGGUGUAACUGAGGUGCCCCACGAAAACGCUUGACAGACCAGCUUAGCUACAAGUUUGCUUUAACCGGCAUAGCAGAGAGCGCCUGGCAGCAGUUGGCUUCUAAACGAGACAGGUGGAGACUUAUUACCAAGAAAAUCUAUUGCCGACAACGGACAACUAAAACCAACCACUAGUAGACAACGCUUAAGUCUGUAUUGUCAGAUACCCAUUACAGUUGUUUGGACUCAAAUGUACCCUAAAGAUACCAAAAUAUUAAAAAAACAGGAUUCGAACCCGGGAAUCUUUGGAAGUCACAAGAACUUUACCAUUCCGUUAUCGAGCCUAGUAAUCAAGUAAUUAAAACCAGCUUUUUAAAAAAAUAUUAAAGCAUUGAGAUUCAAACUAACUAUUGUUGUAAGGCUGCCAAUUAAUAUUUUAUAACCGCUGCUGACCGCCUGGUUUAUGGGCCGGUCAGGUGCAGACUGGCCAGAGUUGAUAUUAUUUGUGUUUGUGUGUGUGAGGAAUUCGUUCACCCGUGGAAACACACGCUAGCAACGUGCUCAUCAACAGUGCACGUGACAUUGGAGAGUUUCAUGAUCAACUAAGUGUCAAGGACGCCAAAUUUAACUUCCAAAUUGCCAACUUGAAUGAAAAUUACGAACGGAAGAGCUUUUAAAACUGGAUUCUGACGCGGUUAACUUUGCAAUGGGAUGAACUUGUCACUUUUUUUUAAAACCAUAUAUCGGAUACACCAUAUUGCUUGCUAUUUAUUUGGGUUUCCGCUUUGUGUGAAAACGUCCUAUAAUUGCGGAUAGACUUGAAUUCUUUAUAAAAAUUUUAUCAAAUGUUGGAUAUUAUUGUGUGGGUCAUUUGGAUUCUUCUUUUCAUUCGGUGAUUUCUAUUAUUAUUUUUUCGCUUUCAUUGGAUCUUAAUAGUACGUCACGAGCAAAGAGAGACAAUAAUGUAUCAGGGGAGGAAAUUUGUAAUUGCCAAUCUUCAAAACGUCACGUGUCAAGCUUUAGAUGUCACUUCAGAAGGCAUUGCAAUAAACUGCACCAUAGAGAAAGUCUAUCCGAAUGCAGUCUACGCCAUACAUAUCACAUCUAAUAAUGUCACAGCACCAAAUACCUCUGAGGUUAUUGAGGAUUGCGAUCCCGAUUCAGAGCAUUCAUGCAAGGAGCCCUGCUCCAAGUUGUGUUUCUAUGUGCUAGAUCCCAAAUUGCUUGGACCAGGCUAUCAUACGUUUCAAAUUGCCGCUUGGAACAACUGCUCCGACCCUCAGACAUCGCAAUCGAUGAGCAACAUAGUAGAUAUUCCUUUGCCCAGAGAGGUCCAGGAGCCAGUCUGUGAUCCUCCAGAUUUUAUUUCAAGCCUCGGCUUUCAUCUUGGUCACGUGACAUGUUUGGCCCCAAUGCCUUACGGGCAUGUUUCUUGUGUGUUGAACGCGAGAACUAACGGAACCAUUUUGAAGUACAGAUUGGCUGUUUUAAAUAAUGGGAACCUGUAUUCACCGAGCGAGAAUAGACUGAAGACAUUCGCUGUCGGAUGCAACUUAUCUCUCACCGAUAACCACCUGGGACCUGGGUGGCAGGAAUUCCAAGUCAACAUGACGACUACUUAUCCCGAUGGGAAAUCCUCUUAUAAACUUAGCAACUGGACAACACCAGUUCGUUAUAAUCUUCAAACUGCGUUGAAUUUUACAAUCAACAAUAGCCCAGAUGUCGCUCACGUCAAUCUCGGCGACAACGUCACAUUCGUCUGUUUGUCAGACGGCUACCCGCCAACAGAUAUCAAUAUAGACCACGAACCAUUCGCUUCAUCCUUCUCUUACGGCAGUUCAUACUUGGAAGGAACUCAUUUAAACUACACAAUUACCGACUGUCGACAAGCUGGAAAGUAUCGGUGUAUCAGCACCGGGCGAAUAAAGGAAAGCGAUUAUAAGACCAAGACAAUGUACCUAGAGAUACCAUGUCCAUUGCAGUACACAUCCGAAUCCAGCGAACAUUAUAUUGGGGACUUCUCUGACACAAACAGAGUUUUGAUUCAUGUGCUAGGAUCUCCAGGACCCAAGACGAUGGUUUUAUCAAGACAAGAUUCUGGCAAGGCAAUCAUCUCUGAUGGCGUUUCUGUGACCUAUACGAAAGACGUCGGGCCGUUUGGCGACAUCGCUGUAGAAUUCUCAGAUCAUGAGCUGAUUAGAAAGAGAGCACAUUUUGUUCUGAAAGUUGACAACGGAAUAAGGAACGAAUCAAUGUUUGAGUUUACUAUUCAAUACAACGCUGGCGUAUCUUUGAUGUGGGAACAUAUGGAAUGUGUAUAUCUCUUAUAUGUGCUGCUGUCAAUCAUUAUAGUCAGAGCUUAGAGCUUACUCACAAAGUUGAAAAUACCUUCUGGAAAAAAAUUAAAUUGCAUCAACAUUUAGAAUUGCAACUAAAUGUUUGCAAGAAUUCAAUGUCUAUGGUUCAAAAUCUAUGGCUCAACUUCAAUGCUUUAACAUUUAUGGUUCAACAUCAGUGGUUCAACAUCCAUGGUUUAACAUCAGUGCUUCAACAUCAAUAGUUCAAUAUUAAUGGUUCAACAUCUAUGCUUUAAAAUCUAUGGUUCAACGUUAAUGGUUCAACACCAUUGCUUCAACAUCAGUGGUUCAACAUCAGUGGUUCAACAUCAGUGGUUCAACAUCAGUGGUUCAAUAUCAGUGUUUCAACAUCAGUGGUUCAACAUCAGUGGUUCAACAUCAGUGGCUCAACAUCAGUGGUUCAACAUCAGUGGCUCAACAUCAGUGGUUCAACAUCAGUUGUUUAGAAAAAAAAACACAUUCAUUAUUCAUUUUAGUUUCUUAGACCGCCCACCUCUACUUUCCAUCUAAUUAUGUUUAAGUGUCCCAGUAUCCAUUAAAACUGAGACCACAAGAACCAAGAGGAGCAAGACGCUUUGGGCUGCUUAUCACGUACUAACACUUUGAGUGCCUUAACAAGAACCAUCUUUUGUCAGUCUGUACUUUGUUUUGGCCACCAUUUUGGAAAUAGUAGACAUGAUUUUUAUGGCAGGCUCGCUCAACAAUGUUAUGAUACAAAAUCGUUUUUUUUAACCCAUACAGCGCUGAGUGCAUACACAAUGGAAUUCGGAUGUUUAGAGACUAAACUAACACACGCGUUUUAAGGGUUAAAUUUUAUAUCUUCAUAAGUGUUACAGUUUUGACAUAAACCUUAUAACUGUAGAUCACAUUUGUUUUGAUACUAGAAAACAAGCCAAAUACAAACACAUGACCUUGUAUUGAAAGCAAUGCCUGUAUAAAGUGUAGAAGAGUGUAGUUGUAUCAAUAAGUUUGGAUCAGUCAUGUAAUUAAAUUUCUAAUACAUCUAGACCAGGGGUUCUCAACCUGUGGGUCGCGACCCCCUUAUGGGUCGAUUGACGAUUUGCCAGGGGUCGCCUAAGACCAUCAAAAAAAAAUGAAUUGUUUUGUCUAUUCUUCUUUUGCUGCGUGUGUAGGAAGGGGGGGGGGUCGCGACCGAGUGGGGGAUUCUAAAAAGGGGUCGCCGAGCUUAAAAGGUUGAGAACUGCUGAUCUAGACUAACAAUAAUAUAUCUGUGCGAUUAGAAAUUUAUAUUUUUGUUUACAAUUGUUUUGUUUAGCUCAAUUUCAAGCUUUUGGCUUUCCCACUAAGCUAUGAUCCUAUCACUUGUCUGAAACAGAUGGAAAGGGGUAAGGGGUAAAGGAGGGAGUAUCUAGCUCUAGGUCAUCGCUGCUUUUUUAAUGUAGGUCUAUGUAUAAAAAAAAAAGGUAUGUAACCUGAAUUCAAAGCCUCCUCAACCUCCUCAAGCCAGUACGGUAACCACUGUCACAGAGAGCUACUUAUGAAAAUAGGUUUCAUAGUUAUUUACAAACUUUUUUUUUUCAACAAACAAACUUGUACUACUCUAUCAAUCAAGAAAAAUGUGUUCGAGAUACCAAACGAAAUAAUUAAUUACGAAUAGUUAAUGAACUUUUUUUUUUAUUCUUGAGUUGACAUGUAAAAGAAAUAAUUGUGCAAAAUUUCAGCUCGAUCCGAGAAUGGGUGUGAGAGAAAUAAUAUGGACACACUUUUCACCAGACAAAGUGAGUUGAUAUAAGCUUUGUAACAAGCUUUGUAAAAACAAAUAAUGUUUGCACUAUUAUUGCACUCGUGUACCCAAUUAUGUACUCAAGCAUACAGUCGUUAUUUUAAAUAUCUACCCCAAGGUAUUUCAAUGUAUCUUUUUCAUGUCUGGUAACCCGUAGGCCUAAGGAUAAUAUCUAGCUACAAAUAGACUAUAUUUAUUUAUGUAUUAUUUCAAUGUAUCUUUCUCAUGUCUGGUACCCGUAAUAAUAAUAUCUAGCUACAAAUAGACUAUAUUUAUUUAUGUAUUAUUUCAAUGUAUCUUUCUCAUGUCUGGUACCCGUAAUGAUAAUAUCUAGCUACAAAUAGACUAUAUUUAUCUAUGUAUUAUGACUAUUUUAAAAAUAACUAAAAUCUAAUAUAUAUAUAGACAGGUACAGAGGCCAGGUGCAACAGUUGCUGUCAACUUUGCCCUAAAUUAUGUUCUACUGUCAUCAGUGCCUUUGCUGGCAGCUCGUACUGAGCCAAAACUUAUAAUUGAAUGCAAUCCAAUAUUCCCUGAGGGAUUUCCAUUGACUGCAAUGUUUACUUUUGGUUUCCUGUCUGUUCAUUUUGUGCGUCAAAAUACUGCAGCUUAUAUUAUACGUAGAUGACAGUAACGACGACUCUACCUACGACUGACUUUUCACAUUCACUUUUCAAUCGCUAAUUGCUUCUCCAGUGCUGCAGAAAUACUGCUAGUACCUUCUGGAACAUCACGUGAGGAGACGUCACUUCCUGUCUUUGUACAUUCCAGAGAGCACUCUGCUGUUUCAUCUCGCCGGGGUCACACGUUGAUCUCUACCUGUCACUGUACAUUUGUAAUCAUAUAUGCUUCCAAUACUUAAACAUGAACUGACGAAAUGCCUUUGACCUGGAAUUUCAAACAACAUGCUUAUGUGUUGGGUUCUAGAAAGGCAAAAUUAAAAGCGAUUUUUUUUGAUUUAAGACAUGAGAAUUUUCCUAUUUGCAAAAUCAAUCUGUCUUGUUUUAUUAACACAAAGGAAUACAUUUUAAACGUAUAUAGCAUAAUA